UUAAAAAGCUGCUUCGGCCUUUGGUAUAAUAAAGGCACACACUCGUCCAAAGGAAGAACACAAGAAGUCUCAAGCAACAAGCAAUUCGCUAAAGAGAAGAAGCAAAAACAGAACAGAUCGACCAACCAUUUCAUGGGUGCCGCUCUAGGCACCGGGAGGGUGGGCACCCUGACCCGCGUCGCGUUGGCGGUCGUCGUCCUGCUGCUCCUCUUGCCAUCGCACGCUCUCGCCGCGGCCGUCGACGCGGCGGACACCAUCGCCACGCUGGUCGAGACGCUGCCGCUGCCCACGUCGCUGGUCGGCCCGGAGAGCGUCGCGUUCGACCCGUACGGCGAUGGGCCCUACAGCGGCGUCUCCGACGGCCGCAUCCUCCGCUACGACGGCGCCGACCGCGGCUGGACGACGUACUCCACCGCCCCCGGAUACAACGUCGCCAAGUGCAUGGCACCCAAGCUCCGCCCCGGGGAGUUCACCGAGAGCACGUGCGGCCGACCGCUGGGCCUGCGCUUCCACAACACCUGCGGCAACCUCUACAUCGCCGACGCGUACAAGGGGCUCAUGCGCGUCGGGCCGCGCGGCGGGGAGGCGACGGUGCUCGCCAAGGAGGCCGACGGCGUGCCAGUCCGCUUCACCAACGGGGUCGACGUCGACCAGGUCACCAGCGAGGUCUACUUCACGGACAGCAGCACGCGCUUCCCGCGGUCCCAGCACGAGAGGGUCACGGCCACCGGGGACUCCACGGGCCGCCUGAUGAGGUACGACCCGACGACGGGUUACCUCGACGUGCUCGAGUCCGGCAUGACGUACCCGAACGGCCUCGCCCUCAGCGCCGACCGGACGCACCUCGUGGUGGCGCUGACCGGGCCGUGCAAGCUGGUGAGGCACUGGAUAAAGGGCGACAAGGCCGGCACGUCGGAGCCUUUCGCCGAGCUGCCGGGCUACCCGGACAACGUGAGGCCCGACGGGAAGGGCGGCCACUGGGUGGCGUUGCACCGCGAGAAGACGGAGACGCCGUAUGGCUCGGACAGCCACCUCCUCGCAGUUCGGGUCAGCCGCAGCGGGAAGCUGGUGCAGGAGCUGAGGGGUCCGAAAGACGUUCGUCCGACGGAGGUGAUCGAGAGGGACGGCGGCAAGCUCUUCCUGGGUUCGGUUGAACUCAACCACGUCGCCGUUGUCAAGGCUACCCCAACUAAGUAGUUUGUUUACCGUAGAUUUUUUUUUUCGGUGAGCUUCUUGUAUUAGAUGCAAUUAUUUUCAGCUGAACUUGCAACGGUUUUGCUGUACAUCAGUGAUCUUUUACUUAAAAU